AAGUGUUCGGUUUCAGUCUGGCACGACGAGCGCUCAUAUUGCAUUUAGUAUUUAUUUAUGUAUCGGUGGAGCGCAGGUUCUAUCGGUGGCGGCGCCGGGCGCGCGGCCCGGGAGGGGGGCAUACUUACUACGUGAUUAAUCCGCGCCCCCCGCGCCGCCGGGCGCUCCGUACUCGCGCCGGGUUUCCUCGUCCCCGCGCCUCACGGCCACUCACUACGCACGGGGCUCCGCGUAGUGCCGCCGCCAGUCGCAGCGCGACCCGCGCCGACGUCGCACUCCGUUUCGUUGUCGUCGUCAGAUCGACCCAUGAUAUCAUUCAUGCUAAUCUCCGCCCGUUGAUUUUCCUGCCGAGUGACCGCAGUGAAGCCGGCGCGCUAUACCGCGAGUGCCGAAUGUUCGUGGACGUUACGCCCGUGUACUUUUCCAUCGGAAUCCGAGCGUACGAAACCAGUUCGGAGUGUCGGACGGCGGUGCCUUCCCUCGGAUGAGAUCUCCGACCGGCGAACGUUGCUGUGACCUGCGGCCUGCGAUGCUGCGCCCGUGACCGUCUUGCGACAGUGCCACGAAACCCCGUCCGAUGAUCUCAGCGAGUCUCCCCAGCGAGGCGCUGGCCCAGCUGGGGCAGCUCGGGCAGCUGAACCUGUACCCUCCGCCGCAGGCCGGCAUGACGCCCGAGUUCUUGGCACCUCCGCCGCGCCCGUAUGCGCGGUACGCGCCACGGAGACCGCGGGAUGCGAUGCCCGCGCCCCCUGCGCCUUCAGCGCCACCAUUCCCUUCCGUGCCCGGAGCGUACGCACCGUUCCUGCCGCACCCGGCGUCGUACGCGUCGUACCUGUACCGGACGCGCGCGCCGCCGCAGCCGCCGCCGUCCAACUACCCAAUCAGGCCGCGCGCCACCUCUGGUUUCGUGCCACCUGCGCCUGCGCCCCACUCGCCCCCCGUGUCAGCACCAGCGCCAGUACAACCACCCAGAGAGGACCCUCCUACGUCCCCCGAGCGAGGUGCGCCCGCGCCUUACUUCUGCCGAGGGGCGUUGAUACGGCUGGAGGACGGGUCAUUACGGCGAGUGGAAGAGAUGCGAACUGAGGACUUCGUGAUGAGUGCAGACCGCAGUGGAGACCUGGCGCUCACUCAGUGCACGCUUCUGCGGCUCGACGAGCGCGGCGACAGGCUGGCCCUCACUCUCACUUACGACAGGAAUCGCUCUCAGGUCAGCAAGGUGGAGCUGGAAUCCACGGUGGAGCAUCCAUUCUUCGUGUACGGGCGUGGCUGGGCGUCGUGCAAGCCGGAGCGCACGCUGGCGCAGUACGGGCUGCGCGUGCAGAGGCUGCAGGUGGGCGACGUGUGCGUGUCGCUGGUGCCGCGGCGCCACGCGCCCGCGCCCGCGCCCCUCACGCCACACACGCCCCAUACGCCACACACGCCUCACACGCCUCACACGCCCCACACCCCAGCCGCGCCACCCGCGCCCCCACAGACGCAUCCAGAAAACCUCAGCGUGAAGGAGGAUGCGCGCAAGCGGCGCUGGUCUGCUUCAGACGUCUGCGAGGAUAAUCCCCCUCCUCUCAAGAAACGCUGAAACGCUGACCUUCGUAUUCGUAUUUGGAGGAGAACUGUCUUGAUCGUGUUGUGAUCGUUGCAAUUCGCUACUCGUUUCUGACUCAGUUUCGUUGUUCUGUGUGCCGGACCUGCUGAACAUGGUAGUGGAACGAAUGGACAAGUGCUACGGAGGAGAUCUUCCACGUGGAAGGAACGUUAUAGAUAGAUAAUGAACGGCCCCAGUGAGUUCGGUUGCAUGUUGCGGCAUGCACUAUUGUUAAAUAUUAAUUUGCGCGGUUUCUGCAGCGAUCGGCAGUCCAUAAUAGUACGCUUAUGAAAUUCUAUUGGGGAACUCUAGGUGCUUUUUACUGUCGGGUGCUUCUGUACGCGUUCGUGUACGAUGUUGUAAAUAUGUAUGUAACUUAGGUCGAAGUUAAACGUUACGCUCCAUGACUAACCUAACGUGUCACAAAAGGAAGGGGUCUGGCGACGCCGAGCGUUCCCCCACUCCUCAUUCCUCUAUGGUACACGAAGAUAUAUUACAAUAUACGGCAUACAAAGUAAAACGCUUUAGACAUACUUACACGAGAACCUAUAAACAAUAUUAUAUUUUAAUUUUAUAUUCCACAACCAUGGAGAUAAAACAUUUAAAAUAAUGAGCACAAAAAUAACAAAGUGUAAGUUUGUACCAGAUCUUAAAGUAGGUUAGAUAUUGUGAUAACCAAUGAGAUUUUAUCGCCAGUCUGCGUGGACACGUGGCAACGCAUAUAGAAACAAAAAAAGAGGUACAAUGAAUGUUAGAUAGUAGGUAGUAGAGUAAUGGGCUGACGUGUGCUUAAAUCUCGACUGAUUUCUUUCUACGAGUAUUCUGAAUGAUUAUGUUUGUAACGGACGCAGUCAUCUCAGAGUUGCAUUCUCCUCCGAUGGUUGUGACUGCAGACAUAUCCAUGACGAUGUCAUUGUCGUUUCGUGCUGGUGGCGCGCCGCACGCCCCGUUCGCUGAACUGUACUGGCAAACUCUUCUGACAAAUAAUUUGAUCUAAUAUAAAUGUUGAUAAUUGAUAGUUAUAUAUUGUAACAUAAAAUGGAAUAUGUAUAAUGUUCAUGGUAUAUAUAGAUGUCAUCUCUAUUGCUUUUUGACGUCCAUGUGUGAUACACAUAACUUUUCUAUGAGAAGAUGUAUACAUAAUAAACACACAGUCUGUGAUAUUUUGUAGUUAUUGGUCAGAGUAGGUAUGAAGUAUUGCUUGAAUAAAAGAAAUAUAUGUUUUAGACAAAUAAGUGCGUUAUUGGUAAGAAAAUGUAUAGUUGUUGUAUAUCUACUCAAAAAUAAAACUCUGAAAAACUAAAACAAAACAAACUUAACAUAGCGUCUGUGAUGAAACAUAUAAAGAUAACGUUAUGGAACAUAACGACAAACGCAUGGCCAUAUCAAAAUCAAAUUAAUUUAAUAUAAAUCUUAAGUGAAAAUACACUGCACGCAAUUUUCGUAUUUGUAUAAAUAUAAAUUGAAAUCCAUAAAUAUAUUUUUUGCAUAAUAAGUUUAUGUCGAACAAUUACGUUGUCAGAUGUAACGAGUCAUGGAUGUUCUAUCGCACUUGGCAGAUAGAGUGCGCAGGCGCAGAGUGACAGGUGACACAGGGAUACGGACAGUUAGAUUUGCAAAGGGUUGCUUUCAUUGUACCGCAAUGCUACGUGCUCUUAAUGAUAUUGUGUUAAACGAUAACCGCGACCAUAGAAUACAAACACCUCACGACGACGGAUGGUGUUGUACAAAAGUUAAUAAUUUGUUGUAUAAUGUAUGUAAUUCUAGUUUUAUCGUCUUUAUAUUAAUAUUUGUAAUUGUAAUGAAAGAUCUCAUUUUAUUAAUCGGUAUUUUCUAACAAGGCGCUUUCAUUAGAUCAUGACUAAGCCUACCUCACAAACUAUAAGACUAGUGUCUCGCGGCGGCGACGUCCGCGUGGCGUGCGCGUGCGCCGGUGACGUCACGCGCGAGCGAGUGGUCGCUAUCAAGUCUAAACAAGAUCUCAAUUUGAUGAAAAUAAACUUUUGAAAAGACUGGGACGCUUUACUGAAUGUUGUGGGAUAGUAGUUUCUUUGAAGAUAUUACUUAAAUUAUGAGAUAGGAGCAUUUAUUUGUGGGCGCGAGCUCGUUCCGUCGUUUAACUAUGAAGCUCCGCUAUCAACGCUGGACAAUCAUUUAGUACAAAAUUUGUUACAAAAAGUAUUAUUUCCCAAAAUCCAAAUUCAGAAAGUAUUAAUUUAAUUUCAAAAAGGUGCUAUAUUAUUUUUGUGGACGUAAUUCAGGCACAAUCAUGAUUGAUAUUAUAGAGAAAAUUUUGUUAAGGGACACUUUGUUGUAAUAUUGCCAAUCCAUUGUAUAACAUUGGCACAAUCGAUGUUCUUCCGCGCCUCCUCGUAGAUUUAGUGAGUCAAUUAUACGUUAAAAUAUCGUUAAUGUGUAGGUACAUAUUCAGUCAGCACUUGUUACUUGAUUAUAUGCUACAUUAAUAAGUGUAUAAUAAUUACCAUCUUUUAUGUGCAUCGAUGUUUGUUGUAUAAUGUAUUGAUUAGACAAUAUGCAAAUGUUAUUUGCAAUGUGUUGGAUUCCGUCAGAGAUAUUUGUUAUACGUAAACCAGAGGCUGACAUUUCUAAAAGCAAUUACUGUUUACAACAAGUUAACGGACAGCUUUAUCUAUUCCAAUACAAUGCCUUCCAAUGAGAGUUUAUUUUUACAAAUCGAUGUGAUUACAUGACUCGCGAGUAAUCGAGACUGUUAUCGAUUGCGAUCGCUAUAACAUCUCUAUCGACUAAGUCAUAGAAUAUGCCCAAAGACUGACAUCAAGUAUAUACUGUUGGCUCCGUUGUAAACGAUCAUUGCUUUUGCUAUGCCAAUUUCUUUCGUUUACAUACUUUUAUAAAUAUCUAGAUAUCUCUCUCUCUUUCUUCCAAGACUUUACUACGAAUGUUAUUUUGUGCGAAUCGCGACUCUAUUGUGAUUGAUAUUUAGGUGUUACAAGUAUAGUGACAAUAGAUAAUAAUGUAUGAAGAGAGAUUCAUAAUGUUACGUUGAUGUUGCCAGCGGGCAAGGCCAGUAAUGGUUCACAUAGUCUGUGCGUUGACUGUGCCCUCACUGACGAAGCAUUACUUGACACAAAUGAUUGUGCCAUCCUUAACAGAUUUUCAAAUAUUUUAGUAUUCCACUGCUAUUGCUGAGUUGGAGUUGUUGUCCAAACAUUUCAAUGAUACCCGUAUUGUAUAAACAGAUUAGUACCGCGGAAAGUUACAUCGGGAACAUUCAUUGUCUAUGCUACUAUCAGAACCAAAUUUGUACCGACUAUUGAACUUUCCGAGGUAAUAGCGUACUGUAGAAAACAGGAAAUGUUGUGUCAUUUAAAUUAAUAGAUAAAUAACUAUAAAAUUGUUAUUAUAUGACAGAUAUCGCAAAAAUAUAUAUAUGUAUAUUUUAUUGUAUAGCGGAAUGACUACUAUUCAGAUUUAUUGUAAAUGGAAAAUGUUAUAGAUCGAAAUAUGUUAAAUAAGUUAACUGUUUGUAAAAAGAAGAGAAAAUAUGUAUAAUUGAAUAUUUGCUAUAAGUUUGUUUUAUUUUAUUCACCCUUCUGCGAAAGCCUGACUUGAAAUAGAGCUUACACACUAUACAAAGAC